CGUUGCAUGUCGUUCUUCAACCGGCGCUCAAAAGACUCGCACCAGGGAUCCGAGAAGGACGAUAACGGCCGUGAAGAGAAGGGUGGCAAUGAAAAACAGCCAGCCAGUGGCUCAAGCUCUAAAGGGUCGUUCUUCGGUGCUGCAACUCGGGCGAUCCGAGGCCGCUGGAUAACCGAGCAGGCGCGGGACCUUCUCGCGGCGCACCAAAACCCCCUCGUCCCACUCACAGAUACGACGACAGCAAAGUUCUGGGAAUACUUCACUGACGAAUACGCCUCUGCCGACACGCGAAACUUAGUUGUUCUGCAAUUCACUGCCCGCGCACAAGCGACAGAAGCCGAGGCACAUAUCAUCGCCAGCUAUGUUCGUGCGUACCCAACGGAGUUCGAGAAGCUGUUUGCAUCACCGCUGCCGAAGACGAGGGCUUACAUUGCCUUACUGCUGGGGUAUCUGGCUGGUUGGCCCUCCUGUUCCGAGACCGCACUCGGGAUGAAGCCCUGUGAGAGGCUUGUAGGGCUCUUCUGUGACUCGGACAGAGAAGUCAGAGACUCUGCACUGUUUGCAAUAUUCAAACUUGCUGUCCAUCCAGACGGCGCCCAGAUGGCCGUUGGGGCGAACGUUCUACAGCACGCUCCAGCCUUCUUAAAGUCGCCGACGGUCAACGAGCGACUGAAGAUGCUACAUAUAAUAGCAAACAUCGGCAAGCACGAGAGGACUGCCGCUGGUGUUCUUACCCUGGGAUUACACAAAACGCUCGUAUCACUUUCAAGUGAUGCAAACCUUGAAAUCCAACGCGACGCGCUUCUUGGUAUUGUGCAAUUGAGUCAAUUCCCAGCCGGAGCACAAGCACUCAUUGAAACUACCAUCCUGGACCGCAUGAGUCUCCUCACCUCUCCGGAGGCUAUCAUUCGCGCGCAUGCCUGCCACCUUCUCGGUCGGCUCUGCAUCCACCCGACAGUACCCGCCGCUUCCUCUUCCGUUGCUUCUAUAAAUCUGCAAGAACAACUUGUCUCGCUUGUGAGCGACUCUGAUGAGAACGUGUCCCGACUAAGCUUCUACGCUCUUUCGAAGCUCAGUAAACUCGCACCUGGUCCGGUCGCCAGGGCCGGGGCUACUCAGUUUGCGAUAUCGAACCUGUCUUCGACGCGAGUCGCGACAGUUCAAGCUGCUUUCGAGAUUCUGACCAAUUUAUCGCGAGAUGAGGCAAGCAUGCCGCUUGUGCUCGCCGCCAACGCAUGUGGAGCGUUGGUCGGGUUGUUGGAGAACGACAAGCUGCGUCAUAAUGCUCUCGUCGUGCUCCUGCAACACGUUAAAUGGCCUGACGGUGCCGAGCUGGCAGUGCAAGCGGGGAUUUUAAAUCAUCUUACUGGUCUGAUGCAGCCCCAAAACGAUGCAACAAUUAAGCAACAAGCUUUCCAAAUCGUGGAACAAAUCGCUAAGGUACCCGUUGUAAUCAGUGCCCUCCUGGCGAGCAAUCCAUGUCCAUCAUUAGCUCUCCAUCUCAGUGACACCAACACAGCUCUCCAAAUGACCGCCCUCUACGCACUAGCUACAUUAUCAUCGACAUCUGCUGGUGCCCAAGCGGUCCUCGAAGCAGAUACCCUUGCAGCCAUUCCGCUGCUUCUCCAUUCACCGCUGACAAGGGUGCGACAGCAUGCGUGUCUGGUCUUGACCCAGCUCGCGAAGGACUCGGAAACAUGGCUUGCAGUUUUCAGCAUUGAUCCAUGCACACGCUUGAUCGAGCUUGUUUCUGACUCGAGUAUUGUCGUCGUGCAAGCGGCUGUCCUCGCCCUUACUGCACUUAGCCUCUGGCCUGAGGGCCGCGAAGCAAUCGCGGCUGCGAACAUGGCCAGACGCAGUGCGACGCAAGAGGAUGGAGGGAUAACCCUCCUCUGGAGCGCGGACGGGACUUUGGUGUGUUCGAUGAAUAUUGACGUUCCGGCAACAGAAGCGACGCCGGCUCUGAGCCUUCCCUUUCCUUUCCGUGUCAUCCGCGUCUUCCCCUCCCCCUGCUCCUGA